UCACUUUUUAGUCGUCAGAAGAAUGAUUCGUACUAUGUAGCAUUUGCCGACGAUAGUCUUUGUUGACCUGGUAUUUUUUAUUUUAACAGUGAAUGAUCUAAACAGUUUUAAGUUGAAGAAGUGUUAGAAUGGCUAGUGCAGACUUUAGAAAAGACGUAAUGCCAGUUCGCCCACGUAGCGUUUAUACAGCACAUUCAUAUAAUCAGGAAGAGUCGAAUCUAUCUGCUUUCCAAGAUUACAGCAAAUUUCUCGAGGGUGGCUUAGGGCAGGCGGAGUUAGUGGGUGCCACUGCAUGGCAGCCUCCAUGGCGGGCGCCGUUGCAACGUAAAGCACCCUUUUAUCCCGGCGAUGACAUCUAUCACGCUGACACCUGGAGAGAACUUGAGGUAACGGAUGUCGUUGGUGGCGCCGGGUACAAUGCGUCGGUGACACCGCACGGGACUAUUUGCCUACGGCUCAGGGAUCGCGUCAAGGUGGACAUGACGAUCGACGGCGCUGUGCGAGUGACAAACGCGAAGAACAACAUUAUUUUGGCACUCUCCCGCUCCGGGGCGGCGGCGGCCCUCAUCCAUCCCAACGGUCGAGUCUAUCACUAUGGCUCUAGGGUCGAGAUACAGGCUCGCCACCAGCAAGGGAAUAACAAGUACGCCAAGAUGUGGUACAAGGGCGUCUCGUUCACGGCGGAGCAGUGCGCGCUGGUGUACUUGGUGGACGCGGCCGGUACGCGGACCACCACGGACACUUUCCUGGACAUGAGCCAGGAUUUCACUCUCAAUGUGUUCUACAACAGCGAGUCGCGUCACGGGCCGUCAUACGUCAACGAGGCGCUGUCUCUCCUACAAGCUGCCCAAUACUGGCUCACUGACGAUGGCAUCGACAAUUGGAUCAUUAACAAUGUUCGCGUCAGCCAAACUGCUGAUGGACUUGUCAGAAUCCACCGCUGCAGCCACAAGUACCAGUUGCGCACGAGUCCCAGCAAUGGGUCGGCUUCCAUAACCAGCCCCUUCCUGCACUGCACUGCCUCGCUUGGACAGACUCAGCAUUUGUUCGUGCGACGCGGCGAGAGGCGAAUGCACUUCGAUGGGAACUCUUUUAUUGUUCGCAACGCUGGCCAUUCCGCCGGCUUCGACGACAAGAAUCAGCUAAAGGUGUACUGAACUGACUUAUAUCUUACUUCAAUUAUGUAAACCGAUGUUUAAUGUUGUACAGAACAUUUUUGCUAGCUCUCAAUUGCUAUGUCAAACGACAAUCUGAUGAGGACAAGUCUUUAAAUUUCAGUGUUCUUCUUUCCUUAAUGCAAACUGCGUUUUACGUUUUUUUGAGCACCUUUUUUUAAUAUCGCCAAGUCCAUUUUAUUUUCAACGCAAUUUAACUGAUAACACAUAAUAGUAAAUAAGAUUACAGUAUCAUUUAAGUGUUAGAUCAUCACGUUAUUGUACUGUUUCUAAUUUGGAGCUUUUUUUAAUUACCAUAUUGUCAAUAGGAUGAUCAGAGCAGUGUCUUAGUCUAAACAUUUUUGAUGUAUAUAUACCUGUAAUCUAUGUUUUUUUACAUCUCACUUUUUAUAAUUUUAUUAUGUUCCUUGCGUCGUUUAAAUAGUGAACGAUUAAGUUCUUAAAUUAUAUUUAAACUGGGAAUGAACUAAUCGUUAUAAAUGCAGUAAAAUGACGCAAUGAAUAGUAAGAAAUAGCUUUUAUUUAUUAUAAGUACUUUGUCAGCAAUUUACAAAACAAAAGGUUCACCUUACGAUAAUUUUAUAAUUAUCAUGUUAAUCCAUAUUAAUUUAAGAUCCUAACAUGUAUAACAAAGGGACUUGGCGGUUGUUGUAGGUUCAAUUUCUUAUAAUGGGUUUAGUUCUGUUUCAAAUGACUUGUCCUGUUUAUUGUUAUCUAAAAUACAAGUAUGGGGUUUACAAAGAUGUAAUGAAUUAAUAAAACAUAUUUUUGUA